AUGUCUACCUCUCCAGUCAAAGACUUCCUAGUUACCAAUUUCAUGCCGGAGAAAUGCUACGAAGAGCUUUUUGUCGACCUCAACUUGCACGUGCCAUGUUUGACUUUAGUCUUCAAAAAAAUCUUCGGGGUGUGGAUUCUCUUGGACGUACUUUUUGCUCAACUUCUGCAGCUGCUUAAGAUCCUCUGGAGACUGAAUGCAGAGGGCUUGAGUCCAGCUUCCAUCCUGUUACAACUUUACGCUUCAUCUGGACCCGUCCUAUUUGCCAUGGCGCACAAAUUUCCAAUUCUUGCUUGGGGUGAAAGGCUUUUUUUAAGCAUCCAGACUGCGAUGAUUCUCUUUCUUAUCCUGCAUUAUCGGGGUGAAACCAAUGAAGGAAUUUUGCUUGUGUUGCUCUACGGUGGUUUAAUAGUCGUCCUGGGAUCUUAUGCACCUGCAAAUGUCAUCUCAGCGAUGCAGUCAACCAGUUUGGCUGCGAUAAUAGCAAGCAAGGUUUUCCAGGCAGUAACAAACUAUAAUAACGGCUCCACGGGUCAGCUCUCAUUUAUGUCUAUUUUGCUAUCAUGUAUAGCUUCCCUGGGUCUCGCCUUCAUUUCACUGCAGGGCACGGGGAAGUCUUUUGAAACGCUUGGCUCCUUUAUAUCCGGCUGUUUCAGUUGCAUCUUGCUGGCACAGGUCCUUUGCUAUGGCAGAAGAAAAACUAAGGCAAAAAAAGCUUAA